GUAACACAAUGGAGAACGUAGUGGAAUAUGAGAAGGAGUGCGUGUGUCGGAGCGGCGGCACGCUCGAUGUGCUGAAGGAGGUGCAGCGAGCGUACGAAGUCAGACUAGAGUUGGUGGAGAGGGUCGGGGGAGUGGACACAGUGCAGACGUGUGUUAUUAUGCAGAUGCAGGCGCGAGUGUUGCGGUCGUGGGUGAGCGACCUGGUGGCACAGAACGCGCUCCUGGUGCGGGCGGUUGAGGAGUUAGAGCGAGAAACCACGAGCCGGGCCGAGACCGAGCGGCGGAGGCACGCUGAGAGCUACAAUGGCACGGAAAGACAGAAUAAGAACCUCGAGUUGUCAUUAGUCAAAGAAUCGCUACAGAACGAAGUAACAGCGAAAGACAGGGAGAUGAAACGUUUGAAGAAGGAGCUGCAGCAGCACGAGCAGCCCGCGGCGGCGGCGGCGGCGGCGGCCGGGGCGAGGGGAGGGGGAACGCCCAAUGUUCAAAUGAAAGAUGCCGAGGUGAUGGCUGGCAUGUGCUGCACGGGAGCCGAGUGCGGCGACCUGGUGCCGGUGCAGGACAUCGAGGAGCUGGUGCGCGAGGAGGCCGACAAGUAUCGCGAGCGCAUUCGCAACAUGGAGAUCAGCCUGCAGUCGAGCGGCGUGAAGCUGCGCGCCGUGCACAAGCUCAACCUCGGGCUGAUCGAGGAGCUGAGCUCGCUGCGGCGGCUGGUCGUGGCCAUCGACGUGGAGCGCCGAGAUGCCCGGGUGAAGCUCGAUCUGCAGAGGACCAUCGUGAAGCAGAUGGUGCGACAGCUGCUCGGGAUCGAGGAGCUGAGCUCGCUGCGGCGGCCGGUCGUGGCCAUCGACGUGGAGCGCCGCGUUGACGGGGUCAAGCUCGCCUUUCAGAGGACCAUCGUGAAGCAGAUGGUGCGACAUCUGCGUCAGGCAACAGCUCAGUUGAAGAAGAAAGAGCUCGACUACUCCAUCAAGUCGGACUUCGUGAGCGGAGACAACUUCGGCCAACCGAUGUCGCUCGCGUCGCUCCCCGCGCCCUGCACCCGGCAGCCGCGGCCGCGGCGGCGCGCCGUGCCCCCUCCCCCUCCCGCCGGCGACCCGCGCCCCCGCACCGACCAGCUCGACUCCAGCGGAGACUUUCGCCCCUUUCACGAGGACAUGCUGUCACGAAAGUCUAACUACCAAGAAAAAGAGACAGGUGGCCAUCAUCAGAGGGAGCAGGGAGUACAGAGACCUGAGAGGGCUGACAGAAGCCAAAGCGAUGAGAUGUUCGAGGUGGAGAUUGCUGCUCCUAUACCAGGUACCAGCACUAUGCGAGAUAACUUCGAUGUGGCGGACAGGUCAUGCGAAACCUUAGAUGAUGCUCGAAGAAUAGGGAUGAAGUUGCAGAAUAAUGAGCCCGUGCAGUCGUGUGAUGAGUACGUGUGCGUGUUUAUGUUGAUUGUUGUGAUGAUGACGAUGAUGUUCAAUGGGCUGGUGUGUGUGGAUUCAGACAAUAGUGACUUUACUAAAGACAGCGGCGGCGGCGGGUCGAGCUGCGCGGGCGCCUGCGAGCGCUACUACCGCGACAAGCUCAUCGCCACCCUACAGAUUUUGGAGAACAAGGAGGAGACGAUUCGCGUGCAGGGCUGCAGCCUGGGCGUCGCGGAGGGCCGCAUCGCCGAGCUGACCGCGCGCGCGCGCCAGCUGCGCCGGGAGCUGGACCACAAGGCGCAGGAGUUGAGCCAGCUGCGGCAGGUCGCAGAGAGCUGCCGGCCGGACAAGAGCGAUGUAAGCAUCGGCGCCGAAAUUAAGGGUGUGGAGGGGCAGAGGCGGCUGGUGCAGACCCUGGAAGACAACCUGGCGGUCGUCACCGACCUGUACCGCGAAUGUUUUUACGAAGCGGCCAAGCAAGAAGAGCUGAUAGACAUGCUCAGGAAGUCGUAUUUGGACGUCCGGUUGAUGGAGAAGGCCAAGACGGACAAAAUCACGAAGCUGCAUAAUAUUAUCAACACGCAGAAGAGGUCCAUCGAACAAUGCCAAGACGUGGUGCUGGAGGUGGAGAGCCUCAAGUCAGAGAUCUCCAGCUUCCUGAACAGCUCCAACAACGACUCGGGCAUGUGGGAGCGAGGGUCGGAGAGCCCAGAUGUCGGGGAGGAGCUCGCAGACAUCCUGGACCAGCUGCGGCAGCUGCAACACAUGCUUACUGUAUGUUCGUGUGUCUGUGUGCUGUGUGUGUGUUAUUGUAGGGCAUGUGGGGCGAGGGUCGGAGAGCCCAGGUGUCGGGGAGGAGCUCGCAGACAUCCUGGACCAGCUGCGGCAGCUGCAACACAUGCUUACUGUAUGUUCGUGUGUCUGUGGCAUGUGGGGCGAGGGUCGGAGAGCCCAGAUGUCGGGGAGGAGCUCGCAGACAUCCUGGACCAGCUGCGGCAGCUGCAACACAUGCUUACUGGCAUGUGGGGCGAGGGUCGGAGAGCCCAGGUGUCGGGGAGGAGCUCGCAGACAUCCUGGACCAGCUGCGGCAGCUGCAACACAUGCUUACUGUAUGUUCGUGUGUCUGUGUGCUGUGUGUGUGUUAUUGUAGGGCAUGUGGGGCGAGGGUCGGAGAGCCCAGGUGUCGGGGAGGAGCUCGCAGACAUCCUGGACCAGCUGCGGCAGCUGCAACACAUGCUUACUGGCAUGUGGGGCGAGGGUCGGAGAGCCCAGGUGUCGGGGAGGAGCUCGCAGACAUCCUGGACCAGCUGCGGCAGCUGCAACACAUGCUUACUGUAUGUUCGUGUGUCUGUGUGCUGUGUGUGUGUUAUUGUAGGGCAUGUGGGGCGAGGGUCGGAGAGCCCAGGUGUCGGGGAGGAGCUCGCAGACAUCCUGGACCAGCUGCGGCAGCUGCAACACAUGCUUACUGGCAUGUGGGGCGAGGGUCGGAGAGCCCAGAUGUCGGGGAGGAGCUCGCAGACAUCCUGGACCAGCUGCGGCAGCUGCAACACAUGCUUACUGUAUGUUCGUGUGUCUGUGUGCUGUGUGUGUGUUAUUGUAGGGCAUGUGGGGCGAGGGUCGGAGAGCCCAGGUGUCGGGGAGGAGCUCGCAGACAUCCUGGACCAGCUGCGGCAGCUGCAACACAUGCUUACUGGCAUGUGGGGCGAGGGUCGGAGAGCCCAGAUGUCGGGGAGGAGCUCGCAGACAUCCUGGACCAGCUGCGGCAGCUGCAACACAUGCUUACUGUAUGUUCGUGUGUCUGUGUGCUGUGUGUGUGUUAUUGUAGGGCAUGUGGGGCGAGGGUCGGAGAGCCCGGGUGUCGGGGAGGAGCUCGCAGACAUCCUGGACCAGCUGCGGCAGCUGCAACACAUGCUUACUACUGAUUGUACGUGCGGUCUACAGGAAGAAAACUCGUCGUUGAAAGAAAGAAACAUAACUUUAGAGGCUGAGCUAGAGCAAGUUAGGCAAAGAAAUAAAGAGCUGGAGGAGUCCUUGCGGCAUAUACUGAGUCAACGGCGUGAAGAACAAAUAAAAGAAAAGGAACAAGAGACUGAGGAAGCGGUGAAGAAGUUGGCCGAGGUGGAAAAUACUUGUAAAGAACGAGGCGAAGCUUGCGAGACCCUCAAGAGGCAGUUACAACAGGCACGAGUAUUGCUGGAUGAUAAGACAGCAGAGCUGGUGGAGGCACAGACGACGAGCGCCGCGAAGGACGUUACCAUCAGGGGCCUCCAACAAAACCUAGAGCACUCUGAGAAACUUGUCCAAGAGGGAUUGAAGAAAUUAUCGGAAGUAGGUCAGUCGCGGUCGGAGUUACUGCUGGAGAGUCAGGCCAGGAUCUCGGAGCUGGAGCGGCGGCUGAAGCUGUCCGCGCGGCGCUGCGGGGACCUGGAGGCCGGGCGCAGAGAGCGGGAGCGCUCAACGUUAGAACUACAAGCGUGUCUAGAGGAAGCACACGCUAGAGGAGCGAGGCUAUGUGAAGAGUCGCGGCGCGUGACUGCCGGCAUCCGGCAGUGGAUGAGGGAGAAGAAACAACAGACCAGAGAACAACAAGACAAAAUUAAAAUGCAGAAAUUUCGAAUUCGGGAAUUGGAACGUUGUGUUCGAACGCGACAAAACAACAAUCUCACGAGCCAGAGCGACACAGAACCAAGUAGCAGCGUAUCACAAUGUGAAAGCGGGACGUAUCGCCGCGGACUCAGGCCUAUGUGUAGGAGCGAGAUAAACGCGCCUAGCGGCUCCCUAGCGGGCUGUGUAGCGCGGGACGAGACAGCAAGUUGUUCCAAGUGCGUGUCGAAUAGGCAACAGGAGAGUGGAAGCGAGAUGGCAAGCUGUUCACGGGCUCCCGUGCCGCCGAUAAGAAAGAAGAGGCAGCAGUCUUGCAAUGACCUUGUAAGAUGAUUUUGA